AUGGCCGACGCCAGCGGUCCCAACCGGCCAAACAGCACCAUCUACGUUGGCGGCCUGGACACGACCCUCGUUACAGCCGCCACGUUAUCCGAAGCAUUCAUCCCGUUCGGUGAGAUCGUCGACAUCACACUGCCCAAACCCGAAGCGCCGUCAUCGACAGAUUUACACCGCGGGUUCGGGUAUGUCGAGUUUGAGGAUCCUGCCGAUGCCAAAGAAGCCAUUGCGAACAUGGACCAGAGCGAGCUUUACGGACGGGUGAUCAAGGUCGCGUUGGCCAAGCCUGAUCGCAAGGAUAUGGGUGAGAAUGUUGGUUUGGGUAGCACCACGGCGAUUUGGGAACAGGAAGACUAUUUGGCCAAAUAUGCAGGAGCUGCAACUGAAGACAAGGCUGCUGUGGAACAAGCCAGAAACGAAAAGCCAGAGGAUCCCAUGGAGGGUCUGGAGGGUUUAGAUGUUGCUGGGCCGAAACCUGAGUGA